GUGGGCGAUCGUAUCGGUCAGUUUCAAACGAUAUCCGGUCAGCGGUAACAGCCUUUAAACCACAUUGGACGACGCGGUUUUGGAUUAGUUUGAAAGCAGUCGCUCUCCGAGGUGGAACUUGUCGCUGAAGGACAAAACUUGCAAAUCAGUAAUCAUGAAGAGUUUGAUCGUUUGUCUGCUGCUGGCCCUGGCUGGUCAAACUCUGGCUCAAAGCCAAGAGGAGUUCGUGGAGUACCUGUUGGAGAUCCAAUAUCAGGCAGAAGCUAUCCACCAGUUGAUGGAGGGAACGUUCGACAAUGUCCGCUUCUCGAUGAGUGACCAGCUGGUCGAGCUGAACCGUCGGUUGAUUGCCCGCAUGAACGAAGCUCUCGAGGAGGUCGAACGGAUCCGUGAAGAUACGGAAGCGUUCGUCGGAGAAUCGUCGGCUCCUGCUAGCUGCGUUGAUGUGGCCACCGCCAACUGGGCAAUUGAAAUCGAUUGGGUCGGACAGGCUCUGUCGCGUUGUGCCAGUCGUGCCAACGUGGAGAUCACCUCGCGUACUGCCGACGUUCAUGCUGCUCUAGAAGCCGCCCAGGUUGCUUCGACGGAGCUGCAGAACAUUGUUGUCCGUGGGUUCAUCGACUGGAACGCGAUUGACUACACUGAGCAGAUCUCGGCUAUUGUCGGAGCUCAGAUUCAAGACAAGUACGAUUAUUUCUCCAGAAUCACCCAGUCCAACCUGGAACGCACUCUGCAGGCCAUUUUCGAUCUGGACGACAAUCUGUUGCCCGAGAUCGUGACCUGCGUUGAGCGUGGCGUUGAGCGUUUCAACAACUACGGUCGUGUCAUCCGUGAUACGCUGUUCUUCUGCUCGCAGUAAGAUAUAUUUUAACAUCGAGACAGCUAAAUAAUAUACUGAUUGUUGUAACAUAUGAGGACACAUGAUUUCUUCGAGGAAAGAAUGGAGCAGAUAUUGCAAUCAAUUGCGAAACCAACCAGUAUCCUUAGAAGUGUAAAGUAAAGCAAUUAGUAAUUACUCUAA